CCACUCUCUCUCCCUCUGCUCGCUCAGCUUUUGCCUCCUCUUCCCUCCCCGCCCCGCCGUCGCCGCUGCUUCCUCCCACGCUCGGCAUAUAAAAAUCGCCCGCCGCGCCACCUCACACUGACACGGCCGCGCCCAUUUCACACCGGAUGGACUUGGGCUGACCGCUGCCUCCCAAUCCCAAGCUCUACCUACAGCUAGCUAGACGCAGCAGCAGCGACGGCCGCUCAUCCUUCCUCCUCCUAGCCGCCGCCGCCGAGCGGAGCUGGAUUCGGAUCGGGAUCCGCAGCGGGAGCUACCAGACGCCACCACGCCGUGCCCCGCGGGGCUGCUGCUGUCCCGACGGAGAAGAAAUGUAAGCCGCAGAUACUGAUUUGCACAGCGAUCAGUUGAAUCACAGGCUAUUCUUGAGAGCUGGAUAGUACUGAAAAUGGGUAUAUGGAGCUUCAACAGGAAAGCUCCGAUGUCGGGGCUUUGGUCUCGGCACCAUCAAGGAACAUGUCAUCCUCUUCCUCGGCAUUUGUAUCUGCGAACCAAUCACCUUUCUUCACGCCACGGUCAAUGUCUGCUCGCCGCCCGGAGCAUGCACUUCCCGACUACAAUAACUCCUCGAGUGGAAUUGCGCUAAAAAUCAGUGACAUUCUCUCUAGUGACACACUGGUGCGGCAGGAGCAGUUACCAGCAGCCAACACUAGCUUAUUGCAAGACGAUGCCUCUCCUCCUCCCAGCCUUUGCACUUCAAGUAAUUUUGGGACUCCUGCAAUUGUCUAUAACAAUCCCAGCUUCAUUUCCACCUUCAAUGGCCCAUACCAAGGUAGUUCGUCAGCAACCAGCACUUGCGAUCGUUCAACUCGAAAGGAAAAGCAGAAGAGGCAAGUGUAUCGGAAAUCUUCGUCCUCUCAACCUACAACAUCAGCGGCUUCUGUCAGUAGGCUUCGGAUCUAUGAUGUGUACAUAGGAUUUCAUGGGCGCAAGGCUUCGCUGCUGAGGUUCACUAAUUGGCUUCGUGCAGAGCUUGAAAUUCAUGGAAUCAGCUGCUUUGCUUCUGACAGGUCUAGGUGUCGGAACUCACACAGCCAUGAUGCUGUCGAGAGGAUAAUGAAUGCUUCCACCUAUGGAGUUGUCAUCCUUACAAAGAAGUCAUUUGGGAAUCCUUAUACCAUUGAGGAGCUCAGGAACUUCUUUGGAAAGAAAAAUCUGAUCCCUAUAUUCUUUGACUUGGGUGCUGCUGAUUGCCUUGCCAGAGAUAUCAUCGAGAAGAGGGGAGAACUGUGGGAGAAACAUGGUGGUGAGCUGUGGAUGUUAUAUGGUGGGAUUGAGAAUGAAUGGAGGGAAUCAGUUGAUGCUCUUUCUAGGGUGGUAGAUGUGCAGUUAGAAGCUAAUGAUACCAAUUGGAGAUCUUGCAUACUGCAAACAGUUAUUCUUUUGGCCACAAAAUUAGGUAGGCGAGGUGUGGUUGAUCGGGUGAAUCGGUGGAGAGCGAGGGUGGAUAAGGAGGAAUUUCCUUUCCCUCGCAAUGGUGAUUUCGUUGGGAGGAAAAAGGAGCUCUCGCAGUUGGAGCUUAUUUUGUUUGGUGAUGUCAGCGGGGAAGGGGAAAAGAAAUAUUUUGAGCUCAAGACAAAGCAAAGAAGAAAAAGCCCUAUUAGUGGGUGGUCUGUUAACAAUUAUGAGGAAUUAAAUGCAAAUGAAAUCAAGGGAAAGGAACCAGUUUCAUGGAAGGAGACUGAGGAAGGCAUUGAGAUGCAGAGGCUGGGCACUCCACUGCAGCAUGGCCGACUGCCAAGAGUGAAGACUGGAGGGAGGUAUGGGAGGAAGAAGAAAUCUACGAAGAUACUCUAUGGAAAGGGCAUUGCUUGCAUAUCAGGGGAAUCUGGAAUGGGCAAGACAGACUUAGCUUUGGAGUACGCAUACAGGUUCUCCCAGAGAUAUAAGAUGAUUUUGUGGGUUAGAGGAGAGAGCAGAUACAUUCGCCAUAAUUAUUUGGCUUUGCGGACUCUUCUGGAAUUAGAUUUAAGCGUUGAUACUCACUUGCAUGAGAAAGGAAGUGACCGAUGCUUUGAAGAGCAGGAAGAGGAAGCCAUUGCCAAGAUACGACAAGAACUGAUGCGGGACAUACCAUAUUUAGUUAUCAUUGAUAAUCUGGAGAGCGAGAAGGACUGGUGGGAUAAGAGACUCAUAACAGACCUUCUCCCACAAUUUGGUGGCGAGACUCACUUCAUCAUAACAACACGCCUUCCACGUGUGAUGAACUUGGAGCCAAUGAAGCUUUCUUAUUUAUCUGGUGCUGAAGCAAUGACUUUAAUGAAGGGAGGUGUCAAGGAAUACCCACUAAUGGAAAUUGAUGCACUCAAGGUCAUUGAAGAAAAGCUUGGGAGACUCACCCUUGGCCUAGGUAUUGUUGGAGCUAUACUCUUGGAGCUUCCAAUCACUCCAAGUAGGCUUCUUGACACAUUGAAUCGGCCGUCGCCCGUAAGAGAUUUUUCUUGGAAUGAGAGGGAAGGUAGCAGCUUGAGAAACAAUGAAGUCCUUGUACGACUUCUGGAUGUCUGCCUGUCGAUAUUUGAGCAUGCAGAUGGUCCUAGGAGUCUGGCAAUUCGUAUGGUUCAAGUUUGUGGUUGGUUUGCACCAUCUGCAGUUCCAGUUCAUAUGUUGGCUCUGGCUGCACAUAAAAUCCCAAAGAAGCAUCGGAGGAGUCCAAGGUGGAGGAAGUGGUGGCGAACACUAACUUGCGGCCUUGCAGCUUCUAGGAUGCAGAGAUCUGAAGCUGAAGCAGCUGCAAUGUUGAUGAGGUUUGGAAUUGCCAGAUGCAGCGCAAAGUCUGAGUAUAUCCAGUUCCAUGAUAUGAUCAGGCUAUAUGCUCGGAAGCGAGGAGGCACAAGAACAGCUCAAGCUGUGGUCCAAUCAGUGUACCUCCGAGGCUCUAUCAAACAUUCGUCUGAGCACCUGUGGGCUGCCUGCUUCAUGGCUUUUGGAUUUGGUUCUGAUCCUUUCCUGGUAGAACUGAGGCCAUCUGAUUUGAUGUUCUUUGUGAAGCAGAUUGUCGUGCCACUUGCUAUAAACACAUUCAUCACAUAUUCCCGAUGUAAUGCCGCAUUGGAGCUGCUGCGGUUGUGCACCGACGCAUUGGAACGUGCAGCUGAAUCCAUGCUUUCUCAAGCUGGUAAAUGGAGAGAGACAUCAUUAUCCUGCUUUAGGCCAGUUCAGUCAGAGGCCCAGUACACCUAUCUUUGGCAGGAGCUGGCUCUUCUGAAAGCUUCUGUGUUGGAAACACGGGCGAAGCUGAUGCUCAGAGGUGGACAGUACGACACUGGAGAUGACCUGAUACGGAAGGCCAUAUUCAUCCGCACUUCCAUCUGCGGCGAGCAACACCCCGACACGGUUUCGGCUCGAGAAACCCUCAGUAAACUAACAAGGCUUCUUACAAACGUCCACCUUAGUUGAUCCAUACUAGCUUAGGACUUCACCCACCACCCAUAUAUUAUUCUUUUUAGUGUGGCUUUUUUUCAUAAUCGCCGUACAAAAUGCCCCCAGAAUAUCAGAUAACAAAGUAAAUUUGUCUUCAUCAUUUCCACCUUUUUUUCAUUUGUUGCUGAAUGUAACCUAUGUUAUUCGAUUCUUAUUAGGUCUCUCUUCAGGGUUGUAUCAAUAUAUGUUGGCUUUGCAGUCAGCUGCUAAUUAACUAGGACAUUGUACUUGCAAAUGCAUGCACAUAGGAUUUUGAAUUGUAAGUUCUGUCCUGUCACAUGAUAAGAUGUCAUGAUUUUGUUCGACGAA